CCGGCGUGCCGUGCGGCGAUCCCAGCGUGCACCGCGGCGCGGAGCCUGCGACCUGGCGUUCAGUCCCCUCGGCGGGAGCCUCGAGCGCGGGACGGUGUGUCUGCUGGUUCCCGGCGUCUAGCGGCGGCGGCGGCAUGGAAGUGAAAAACGCCAACUCUGCCUUACUUAGUAAUUAUGAGGUGUUCCAGUUACUAACUGAUCUGAAAGAAAAGCGUAAAGAAAGUGGAAAGAAUAAGCCCAGCGCUGGGCAGCAGAACUUGAACACUAUCACUUAUGAAACAUUAAUGUAUAUAUCAAAAACACCAUGCAGUCAUCAGAGUCCUGAAGUUGUUAAAGAAUUUCUCACAGCAAUGAAAAGCCACAAGUUAACAAAAGCUGAAAAGCUUCAGCUGCUGAAUCACAGGCCUAUGACUGCUGUGGAGAUCCAGCUGAUGGUAGAAGAAAGUGAAGAGCGGCUCACAGAGGAGCAAAUUGAAGCUCUCCUCCACACCGUCACAAGUAUUCUGCCUGCAGAACCAGAGGCUGAGCAGAAGAGCAGCAACAGUGACGUGACAAUGGAGGAAGAGGGCCCAGCCUAGAGCUCAGCCGUCCCGGGCAUCUCAGGAAGUUGGCAGGCCCCGCGGCCAUUUGCCUGACACAGAGGAUUGUGUUUGUUUGGUUUUCUCCUCUCCCCCCAGCAGCCCUGAUCUCAUGGUUGGUUGAGUAAUCACAAAAAACAUGAGGCAUUCUCAAAAGUAAGCAGAGAAAGAAAUACUUGUAUCUUCAGGAGAAAGGCAGUAAAAGCCUGCUGGAGUUGUUGGCGGCAAAGAGCAGAAGAGAGGAAGACAAAGAUGGAACCCUUUGGAGGAAGAGUCGUUCUUCCAUGGCCUUCACCACAGUUGUGGGAAGGUCCGUGUACACAGCUGGUAAAAUAAAAUAUUUGCGUUGCCUUUCA